CUUUUUGAAGUCUCUAUAAGCUCUGCAUAAGUUCAUGGAGCAGUAUGAAAGGACUUUGACCUUGGGCAGAAGCAAUCAAGAAUCAAAACAUGGGUAAGAAGCUAGACGCUUUGCUGGGAAGAGGCUUCAAGACAUCGAAAUUCAAGAAGCUUGUCAAUCUCGCAAUCUCGCGCAUUGCCUACCUCGAGAAGGAGCACCGCACUAGGUGUUCCCAAGCUCGGUCCGAUGUCAUUCAGCUUCUCAACUUGGGUGAACAAGAAAGAGCACUCCUCCGUGUCGAGUAUGUGAUAAGGGAGCAAAACAUGCUUGAUUCAUAUUCUAUGAUAGAAAACUACUUUAAUCUGCUCAUGGAAAGAGUGGUGUUCAUCGAGAAGAGCAGGGAAUGUCCUGAGGAGCUCAAGGAAGCAGUAACGAGCUUGAUUUUUGCUGCUUCAAGAUGUGGAGAAUUGCCAGAGUUACAGAAGAUUCGUGCUUUGUUCACGUCGAGAUUUGGAAAGGAACUAGCAUCUCGUGCCGUCGAGUUACAUAAUAACUGCGGGGUGAAUUCUAAGAUUGUCAAGAAACUCUCGACGAGAAGGCCGGGCUUGGAUUCUAAACUGAAGCUGCUGAGGGACAUUGCCCCGACAAGUGAAAUUGUUCAACAGUUUGAGAAAGAACCCCCUGCAGUACCAGCAGAAGAAAAGGCGGAAGCAAGUGAGCAGCAGAGCAGCCGUUCACAUAAUAAGCCUUCAAUCAGGGAAUCUCUCCAACCUGAGCAAGUGUCUCGAGCUGAUUCCAAGGAGCUAGAGUGGGACAAGAAACUCUUGGAAAGAAUGAAAGAACGGAAGUACAAAGACGCGGAAGCUGCAGCUGAAGCUGCCUACAAUAUGGCGACUAACGCUGCAGCGGCUGCUAGAGCAACUAUAGAACUCUUGCACUCACAUGAUGCUGACACUAAGAAAGAGGAUGGGCAUGAAGAAAAGCCAAAUGAAAGCAGUGGAGGCCAUGAAAUUGAAGAACGAGGAACUAAACAUACGAGGACAACAACAGCUUCAAUAACAUCAAGCCAAAAGCUAGUAAAGGACAAGGAUGUGGCAGAAAAGAAGGACGAAUCUAAAAUGAAACAGGUCCAACCGCCUUGGAUGCCCGAGAGGAAGACCAGCUUGGCAACAAAGGGAUCGCUGAAAAGCAAGCGGUCCGGCUCGGUGGCUGAUGAGAACAGAGAUGUUCUCAAUUACCUUAUAUCCUUCGAGAAUUUGAUGAGGCUGCAAGCUACUCCCCAGGCUGAUCCACCUGGAGAAAAGCCUGUGCAGGAGGAGAGCGGACGGCAUCAGGGUGUUGAAGAACAAAAGCAUUCGAGAAACCCAAGUAUGGGGAGGAAGCCACUUUCCUCGAGGAGCAGAAGAGCGAGUCGGGGGUAACAUGUAUGCAUUCAUGAACUCAAUUCAUUACCUAUGUUUCCAGUAGUAAGGUACCCUAAUGGACUGAGUUUUAUCUUCUUUUUUGUGGAGUGAGUUGAUUACUCUGCAGCUUAUAUGAUGUUAUGUGCUACUGCAUCAAGUUCAUGAAAUAAUUAUACUUCGUUUUCA